AUGCUCUGGAUUGGACAGAGGAUCCAGCCAGUCCAUACCAGAAGAUCUAGCCCGGAGAUCCUGGACUCCCGUGGGAACCCCACGGUCGAGGUUGUUUCCGGGCCGCGCGUCCCCAGUGGUGCCUCCACUGGUAUCUAUGAGGCUCUGGAGCUGCGGGACGGUGACAAGUCCCGAUACCUUGGCAAAGGGGUGCUGAAGGCUGUUGAGCACAUCAACAAAAUCAUUGGGCCUGCCCUCCUGGAGAAGAAACUCAGUGUCGUGGAGCAGGAGAAAAUCGACAAACUCAUGAUCGAUCUGGACGGGACAGAGAACAAAUCCAAGUUUGGGGCCAACGCCAUCUUGGGGGUGUCUUUGGCGGUGUGCAAGGCCGGGGCUGCGGAAAAGGGGGUGCCCCUCUACCGCCACAUCGCCGACCUGGCCGGCAACGCAGAGCUUAUCCUGCCCGUUCCGGUGAGAGCCCCCCCGGACACCAGGGUUCCCCUGGGAGGGGAGAUCGAGGAGGCCCUGGGUGACAAAGCUCAGUUCGCUGGGCGCAAGUUCAGGAACCCCCUGGCCAAGUGA